CUCAACACUCAAAGUCGUAUAUAAAGCACAUAUACGAUGGGCAUCAGCUAUUGGUUAUCUGAGCAUCCUUCCGUCGUCGGUUUCCGGUGGAACUCAUCAGUGUGGGGGUCAACAUGGUCAUUUCUCAUCACCUCAAUCACCAUUUAUAUUAUAACCUCCGUUACCCUCCACCUCAUCCUUCUCCUUCUCGUCGGCCGCCGCCCCGUUCCCGUCGGCCACCUCCCGGCGCUUCACAGCCUGACGAUGUCCCUAGUUUCCUCAGCAAUCUUUCUUGGAACCUUAUCCUCCGCCGCCGCGGAAAUCCGUGACACCCGGUGGAUGUGGCAGCGGUCCAGGACGACGCCGUUCCAGUGGCUUCUCUGUUUCCCGAUCGGGACGCGCCCAAUCGGGCGCGUGUUCUUCUGGUCGUACGCCUUCUACCUCUCCCGCUUCCUCCACAUCCUCCGGACGUACCUCGUCGUACUACGGCGGCGGCGCCUCUCCCUCUUCCACCUCUUCAACCACUCCGCCCUCAUAAGCAUGGCGUUCCUGUGGCUUGAGUUCACCCAAUCCUUCCAAGUCGUCGCGAUUCUCAUCGCCACGCUCGGGUCCGCCGCCGCGAGCGCGUGCAGGUUUUUGACAGACUUGGGGCUCCGCCGCCCGGCUUGGCUUCCUUCGGUGGUUCACUGCCACCUCGGCUUCCUGCUCUCCAACUCAGCGUGCCACGUCGGCGUCCUGCUUUUGCAUUUCAGGAAAGGCGGUGGGUGCAACGGGAUGGGCGCGUGGGGGUUCAACGCCGUCCUUAACAGCUUCGUACUUUUUGUUUUCUUGAGGUCUUACCUUAAAGCUUGGUCCAUCCGAAGAAUGGCGGCGGCUUUGGAUUCCGCGGCGGCUCGCGAAGAAGCUGAGCCGCAAGCCGUGGCUUCCCUGAGAUGGCAGACUAAAGAAAAGUAAUGAAACGAUUGUAUAAAUGUAUAAUACUCCGUAUAAUGAAUGGUUGAUAAAUACUCCGUAUAUGCACAGUACAAUAUUUUUGGCCUGUAUAUACUAUAUAGUCUAUAGUCUAUAGAGUGAAUUACUAGUACUAUUUAACAUAAAUUACAUAAUUAUUCUUUCAAACA